AUGAAAAGGAUUUUGCCUUUCUCUGCUGCUGGUCUCGUUCGACCAAAAAAACAAAAAAAAACAAGAAUGGCUGCAGGCUUCUCUUUUUUUUCACCUUCGUUCUUUCGAACACUUCUUUGGCUGAAUUUUAUUCAAUCUCAUUCUUCUUUUUUUUUUUUUUUUUUAGAGUUUUUAAUUAAUUUCAUUCAAAGUUUUUCCUUUUGUUUUCUUUCAUUUUUGUCGAUUUUUCUUCAUCAUUUUCGCAUCCAUCCUAUUUCCUGCAAACUUAAUUCAUUGCCUUUAAUUUCUUUCCUGUUUGUCCAAACUUUUUUUUUCUCUCCUUCUUCAUUCUUUUUUUUUUCUUUUUUGGAUGUUUUUAUUUCAUUAAAACUUAUUCCUUUCUCUCUUUCCUCUGUUAUUCCUUUUUCUUUUUCCUUCCUUUCUCCUUUCUUUUCUUCCUUACUUCAAUCCUUCCUUUAA